AUGACCUGGGCGUGUUUUGGUGAGAUUCUGCAGUCAGUCCCUGGUGGUGUUGCCUGUGCUGAUGUCUGUGCUGAUGUCUGUCCGGUGUCUGUGGACGUCCCGGUCUCCAGGCUCGGACAGCCCUCUCUGACUCAAUGGAGCGCUGUUCUGGAGAGGCGUUUACCGAACCUGACUGGACCCCGUGCACUAUCUGUAUCACUGUCCAGCCCUGCGUCUGCUUCUAUCGGCGUCUACACGCUCCAGCUGAGGGUCGAGGCCCAUCUGAAUGUGAAAACACACUCGCUCGGCCAGAUCACGCUCCUCUGCAACCCCUGGUGCCAAACUGAUUCGGUGUUCCUGCAGUCGGAGGAUCUGAGGACUGAAUAUGUCAGGAGUGAUAUUGGCCUGCUGUUUAAAGGCAGCCCCGGUAACAUGGUCUCCAGACCCUGGUCGUUCGAUCAGUUUGAAAAGGGGAUACUGGACAUCUGUAUGAAAUUGCUGCAGUUGAGUCCUCAACAUCAAACGGACAUGAGAAAAGAUCUGCAGAACCGCAGCGAUCCGGUGUACAUCGGCCGCGUGAUCUCAGCGAUGGUGAACUCUAAUGAUGAUAAAGGGGUGUUAAUGGGAAACUGGUCAGGUGACUACAGCGGUGGCGUCAACCCUUCACAGUGGUCCGGCAGCGCAGAUAUUCUCAAGAAGUGGGCAGAAUCACAAUUCAGGCCUGUGAAAUACGGACAGUGCUGGGUGUUUGCUGCUGUCAUGUGUACAGUAAUGAGAGCCCUUGGCAUUCCGACUCGAGUCAUCACCAACUUCAACUCCGCUCACGACACAGACGGAAAUAUGGUGAUUGAGGAAUAUUACAAUGAGAUGGGGAAAAAGCUGUCUAUGAGCAAAGAUAGCAUCUGGAACUUCCACGUGUGGGUGGAGAGUUGGAUGAAGAGGCCUGAUCUGGGUCAAGGCUAUGAAGGAUGGCAGGUUCUCGACGCCACGCCACAAGAGAAGAGCGCAGGAAUGUUCCGCUGUGGCCCUGCUGCUGUUAAAGCCAUUUAUCAGCAGAAGGUGGAGGCGCAAUACGAUGUGCCGUUCGUUUAUGCAGAAGUGAACGCAGAUGUGCGUACAAUAAUCAUCAAAGAUAAGAAGGUAUUAUCAACCAGCAUUGAUAAAAAAAGAGUUGGAGCCCUGAUCGCCACCAAACGUCCAGGAUCCAUGCUAAUGCAGGACAUCACGUCUGAAUACAAAACUGAGAAGGGAAUGUUCCGCUGUGGCCCUGCUGCUGUUAAAGCCAUUUAUCAGCAGAAGGUGGAGGCGCAAUACGAUGUGCCGUUCGUUUAUGCAGAAGUGAACGCAGAUGUGCGUACAAUAAUCAUCAAAGAUAAGAAGGUAUUAUCAACCAGCAUUGAUAAAAAAAGAGUUGGAGCCCUGAUCGCCACCAAACGUCCAGGAUCCAUGCUAAUGCAGGACAUCACGUCUGAAUACAAAACUGAGAAGGCUCCUGGAAGACACCCUCUUCGAGAUGAAGAAAGUGGAUUUGCUAUCUCAAGACACCGAUUUCAUGAGGAUGACAGCGCAGGUGAAAGGGAAGCUUCUAAGGGCAUUGAAGUUUCUCUCCAGCUUCUGAAAGCCCCUGUAGUCGGAGAAAACAUUUCUUUCAAUGUCAUAAUCACUAACAAUAUGGCCGCUCCGAAACUGCUGAAAAAACAUGUGAACGCUCAGAACAAGGAGUACAACCGCAAUCCCACUGGAACCUUCUGGGAGGCUCAUGACGACGUGAAGAUCGCCCCGAAUGAAACUUUGACUAUAAAACAUGAGAUCCCCUUCAACGCCUACAUGCUGAAGGAGGCUGUGGAGGAUUAUAUGGUUAACCUGGCCGUGGUUAUAGAGGAUGUGGAGUCUCAGGAGAGAGUGCUGGCAUCAGAAGAGUUCAACAUCCGCAGCCCUACUCUCAGUGUACAGAUUCAAAAUGAGUUCUCGGUCGUCAUUAACACGCCACAAGUUGCCACGGUGACCUUCACAAACCUGUUCAACGUUGCAGUGAGCGGCGAACUGACCGUAUCCGGUUCAGGACUCUUGGAGGAGAAGGCUCAAAUGACGAUUACGAUCCAGCCUCAAGAAACCAUGAAGAGACCCGUUAAUUUCACUCCCAAGAUGGCAGGUGCCAAGAUGCUUUCGGCUAGUUUAGUCUUGACAAAUCCAGCCACCGUCCUGCACGGAUUCAAGACCAUCAAUGUUCAAGCAUCUUAGAGUCGAACACCUUUAGACAUGAUUGUGUACCCUCAUG